GGAUUGAGGAAGGGUAAGAAGAGAAAGGCGAGGCACCGAGUCGAAUCGACACGGCCCUGGCUCGUAGCGUUAAAGGCCACGAGAAGGGCCGAGCGUCAGCGGAAAGGGCCGAAGUCGUGCGCCGACGAUCGAGCAGGAGGUUCGGCUCGUCGGCGAGAGAGCCGCCGUGACUGCCGCUGGCUCCGGCAAUGGCUAUUGACCGAACUUGGCAGACCGGCCGGUCAGCUGUGCACCGUGCCACUGUCGUCGUCGUUAUUAGAACAAAAGUGGAUAUAUUCCAUUAAAAAAAUACACGUCCUCUUAAGAGGUAUAUCACCUCGUUAUCUUUCUACGAAAAAGAAAUCGACCAGAAGUCGUUCAAGAGGAAAAGGAGGAGGAAGAGGAGAAGGUGGAGGAGGAGUAACCGUUGAGGAAGACGCUGAAUGUGAUCUUCCUUAAAACGAGAAGAUUAUCGUCCUCGGAUAUUAUAUUGGUAGCUCGUACGACCGAACGACAACUUUACGAGGAAGUAAAAAGAAUUCGAGUGCGAGACUUUCUUUUUCUUCUUUUCUCCCUUUUUUUCUUUUUCUUUUACCUUUUCUUUUCUUUUUUUUUUUUUUUUUUUUUUUUUCUGUUCAAAAAAUAAAACACAAAAGAAACGAAGAAAGAAAGAGACAGUCUGUGCGUCGUGAUCGUGACUACGAGAAUAGCCGAAGCUUCAUCGAAAGAGUUUGAAGACGGCGAGAACGACGACUUCGGAGCAGCCGCUGAGGAAAAGAGAUCGAGCGCAAGUAUAGCAUAAAAAGAGAGAUAGAUAGAUAGAGAGAGAGAGAAAGAGAGAGAGAGAGAGAGAGAGAGAGAGAGAGAGAGAGAGAGAGAGAGAGAGAGAGAGAGAGAGAGAUAGAGAUAGAUAGAGAGUGAGAGAGAGAGAGAGAGAGAAAGAAAGAAAGAGACAGAUAGACAGAGAAAGAUAGAGAGGCGAUCGUCAUUGCACAUACGAGCGAGUAACGACUGUGUGCACAGCUCGUGCGUGCAGGUGUGCGGGACAAAAAGUGCAUUGCCCAGUGGACUUUUCCAUCCGGUGGCUCACGAACUGUAUGUAGUCUUCGCGCCGGCGUUUUCGUCCACGAGACGAGAGAGCACGCGAACGACGAGAGGACGGUGACGAGAAACGACGUUCGAGGGAGGAGGAGGUGGAGGAGGAGGAGGAGGAAGGUGAAAAGUAGGGAGACACUCGUUCGGUAACCGCGCUCCUCUCGCGCCGGAAGGAGAAUCGUGGAGGUUCUGUUGGAGGAGUAGGAGGAGUAGGAGGAGGAGGAGGAGGAGGACGACGAAGAACGAAGAGAGUAGUAGGGGAUAUAUCGUAUCCCUCGUGUGGCCUCGUCGAAAAUCGAAGAACGACGACGGUGUGGAAUCGAUGUGGAUAGUCUCUCGAUUAUCGGCGAACGUUUUAACGAAGAAAAUUAAUAGAAGAGAGUGAUAAAAGAGACGGUAAAAAGCCAUCUAUUUCUUUUUUCUUUUUUUUUUUCUUCUUCUUCUUCUUCUUUUCCUUUCUAUUCUCUCUUUUUUUCUUUUUUUUUUCUUCUUACCCCCUCCCACCCCUUCCCCCAUCCCCCCCCCCCCUUUUCUUUUUUGCUACAACAUCUCUACGUGAAAACUUUAGACGUACGAAAAGAAGAGCACGGAGGAGAAAAGUGAAAGAGGGAGAUAUAAAAUUGUCCGACGUUGUGAGUUCUACAUUAUCGACGAGGUAGCGGAGGGAGAAGAAGGAAACGGAUUCGUCGGUAAAACAGUGUCACGCGCGCUGCCACGGAGGAAGGACGGAAGACGAACGGAGGCUUUUGUGGGAGCCGGUCGUAACCGAGACCAGUCGCGAAUACGCGCUUAACGUGAUAACGACUAGACUCGUCUUUGCGCGUGACUUUACUUUUUUUUCUUCUUUUUUGAAAUCUCAGUCCGAUCGAAUACUAAUAAUAAUAAUAAUAAUAAUAAGAAGAAGAAGAAGAAGAAAAAGAAGAGGAAGAAGAAGAUCGUUGAUCGUUCCUUCAUUUUUUUUUAUCACGCGAAGAAAAAAAGUGAAAAGAAAAAAAAAGGAAAAAGAAAAAAAAAGAAAGAAGAAGAAGAAGAAGAAGAAGAAGAUAAUAAGAGAAAAGAAGUGGCUAAAAGAAGAUUGGAUCGAAGGUCUUGCUUCGGGCACUUGAGUCGACGGAAACGAUAUAUUCUCUCGCCGGUUACACGGAAGCACGUUUCGUUUGAGGAAUUUGUCCGCUAGGCCAACGUGACCAAGGAAAUUUUAUAUACGCCGUUCGUAGUACAAGAAUACACGAGUGCAUAGAUAAAGAAAGAAAGAAAAGAAGGAAGGAAGGAAGGAAGGAAGGAAGGAAGGAAGGAAGUAAGGAAGGAAGAAAGAAAAGAAAAGAAAGGGAAGAAAGAAAAGGAAUAAAGAAAGAAAUCAGAGAAGAGAAAUAAAAAAACGGAAUCGUCCAAACUCGUCCGGUUUAUUUGUGAGGAGAGAAGAUUACUGGCGAUAGAUCGAUCUCUCCUCUCUAGUGGCAGAGCGAUCGCGUUCGCGUGGAGCAGCGUAUGAGAUCGAGAGGAACACGAGAAGAAGCGCCCUCGUCUCGUGGAGAUUCGUGCCGAUCGAAGAAGAAGAGAGAGCGAGUACAGAGAGAGAGAGAGAGAGAGGCAGAGAGAGAAAGAGAAAGAGAAAAGACGAUAAGAGAAGGAGAGGAUCCUUCGACGAUUUUGAAUCGCGUUCGAUAAGCCACGAGGAUCACUCUUUCUCUCUCUCUCUCUGUCUCUCUCUCUCUCUCUUUCUCUCUCUCUCUCUCUCUCUCUCUCCCUUGGUUUCUUGGCGCUACGUGUGUGCUCGUGGGACUACGUUGAAAAUCGCUCGGUGUCGUUGCUUGACGGAACCGGUUUCGUUCGGCUCGGCGAAUCUCGGCGUUUAUACAAAGGUCGUGUGUGCUCGCUCGUGAGAGAGCGGUAGGAGUGAGAUUUAUGGAAAACGAAUUUACACGAGGUCACACCCACGGGAGCGGCUCUCUUUCGUUCUCUCUCUCUCUCUCUCUCUCUCUCUCUCUCGUUCACUCUUUUUCUCUCUCUUCUCUUCUGUUCUCUUCUCUCUCUCUCGUUCUCUUUCUUUCCUCUUUCUACGUUGGUACGUCUAUUUCCACUUCUCUUUAUUAAUAAUAACGACGGCGCUAACGCAACGCCGACGGUAAAACGGCGGCGCCGUGCGACCGUGUGGGUGCCUUGAGAGGUAGAAUCGGCUGAGGUUGAAGGAACCGAAGGAAAAAAAGACGGAAGGAUAACGAGGACGGAGGUGUCCUUCGGAGCACGGAAAAGAACAAAAGAGAAUAGAGAGAGGGAGAGAGAGAGAGAGAGAGAGAGAGAGAAAGAAAGAAAGAAAGAAAGAGAGAAAGAGAGAGAGAGAGAGAGAGAGAGAGAGAGAGAGAGAGAAAUAUUAAACUUUGAGAAAGGAUCGACGUACUCUCUUGGUACAGCAGUGAUAUACCCGUCGGGAAGAAUCCAAAGAAGAUUUGUCUUGAAUCGUUAUGAGGCUGAUGUGUCCCUCGCUAGAAUCGAAAAAGAUACGAUCUCGUAAAGCAAGAAUGUUCGAAAGGAGAUGGACGUAGCACCGAUGGAUUACGUCGUAGUCUCUCGAACGGACUUACAACUUGCACUAUUUUUCAAGGAGAAAAGAAAACGAUAGGAGUGAGAGCGAGAUGGCCGAAUUCGAAGAAAGCAAAACUUUCCUGUUCGAGUGGAAAGAACGGAGAGAUUGCUUGCUUACGAUAGAGCUUUACGAGACCUAGUCCCUGCUGGUAUACUCUUCUAAUAGUUGCGAGGUGUUAAAGAAGAGGUUUGAAGAAAAAUAAGUGAAAGAGGAAAAAGAUAGGGGAGAGAGAGAAAGAGAGAGGAGGGUGAGAGAGAGAAAGAGAAAGAGAAAGAGAGAGAAAGAGAUAGAGAUAGAGAGCCUUGAUGAUCUCGAAUAACUUUGACGAUGAAGCGAGCGACGAGCGCAACCGCGGCCUGCGCCUCGCAGGUACAACAACCGGUGGCCGCUCUUCAGGGGAAGAUACAUGAUCUUCUCCUUAACCCAUUGAAUGCUCGUACGGAGGAAGAAGCGACGUUAUUCAAGGGUAUUGGCGGUGUGAAAUCGUCAGUUUCAGCGUCAUCGUCGUCUACGACGGUGACGUCGAAGGAUGAAGCAAAAGCAAAGUCCUCGGCCAUGCCACGGCUUUUGGCCGUUGAUUCGGACAAUUAUAUGCUUAGGAAAGGUGCGGGGACUAUUAACGGAGUCUCCUCGUCUAACGCAACAACGAUGACAGCCCCUACGACAACGACGUCGACAACGUCAUCGUCCAUCGAAGCCGUCGGCUGUUCUCGAGUAGCGCGAGCUUUUCUAGCAAACGCACCUACGAACGGCACUUAUACCGAUCUGCAAAUGCACUCGAUUCUUGGUUAUAACAAUAACGAGACGAGACAACAACAACAACAGCAGCAACAACAACAACAACAACAACAACAACAACAACAACAGCAGCAAUCAUACGAGCCGAGAAUCAAACCAACAGUAGCGACUUCUUCUAGCACGAAUCAAUUUACUGCACAGAGAUGGUUAGCGAGUCAUUUACAGGCCCAACCGCGUUGCCUGUUGAACAAUUCCAAUAAUGGCAACAACAAAUCGGAUUCUCCACAGCAGCAACAGUUUUUGCGUGCAUUUAAUGACGAGAAACGCGAGAACGAGACCGAGAUCGAUAACAGGUCGCGUUUACCCUGUUGUGCCCGAGUGUUUUCCUUUCAUCGAUAUGUCUGUAGGUGUAACGAUGCUGCUGCUGUUACCUCGCAGCAACAACAUCAAUUGAGUAAAGAAUCGUGGGAGAUCGAGAGCCCUGUCGUAGAUUCGAAUUGGAUUGAGAACGAUGCGAUUGUUGGAUCUAAUUCAUCCGUCGAUAAAGCUAUCCGCUCGUUAAAGGGCAAAAGCGCGUGUAGUACCCUCGAGGCGCGAACGUUCGCUGCCUCGAGGGUGCCUGCUGGUGGAAGAUUGUCCGCGUGUUGCUGCAUGUGUGCUUCGCUCUGUCCCGCAGACUGCCGCGCGUGCUUCCACAUCGUCUGCUCGGUCUACAGCGGACAGCACCUGUGCCAAUGGAGUAACAAGGGUCACGCGCUACCCGGCCAGAUUUUUUAUGAGGACAAGCCCGUCAGUGAAUGGACAUCGUUAGACGUACUCGAGUGGAUGUCAGCGUUAAAUCUCUACAGCUAUGCGGACAUUUUCAAAUCGAAGGAUAUUAAAGGUAGCGAUCUUCGUCAUCUGGAUCGAGAUAAACUCAUGCAUAUGGGUAUAAAAGAUGAGCUCGACCAGAAGAUCCUUUUGGUGUGUAUCGAGGAACUCUGCCAGACGUCGCCUCCCCUUUCGUUGCCUGGUAGCACAGAAGCGAACUCAUCUUCCACGACAACGAGCACGACUACGAGCACGACUACGGCGACGACGGCAACGACGGCGACGUUGACGGCAACGGCAUUGACAUCAGCUACGACCGGUAGUAGCUCCGUCAAUGCGAACUGCGCUAUCGGUCUCGCUCAUCCGGCCAACAAUACAACCAACGAUGGUCAUAAUCUUGUGUUGCAUAGCUUCAGUAUUUUGGAAAAGUGUGACAAGUGUCGUAAAUAUCUCAGGGGUCUUUUGCAUCAAGGCUUUCUCUGCCAAGAUUGCGGCCUGGUAGCCCACAGAACGUGCUCGGCGAUUGGUCUACCCAUAAGCUGCGUCCCCGCUGAGUCGAAAAACCGUAGCAAUAGAUACGCUUCCGUAUUUGGCCUCGCCCUGUGUUCACAAUUCGAAACAUCUACACGUUCCGCUCCGAUCUUGGUGGAAAGAUGUACGCGCGUACUCGAAGAAAAGGCAUGUGCGGACACGACCUUAGAUCUCUACAAAGUCUAUUGCAGUAAACCUAACGAGCAAACCCUUGAGUUACGACAAAACUUGGACGAAGACGUACGUAACGCUGAUUUGGAUCAUUACACUCCUCAAUGCAUUGCAAGCGUUUUGAAAAAGUUCCUGCAAGAAUUACCAGAUCCGGUAAUACCGGUACAAUUUUAUGACAGGUUCCUAGAGGCAUCAAAUAUGAGAAGCGACGAGCAGUGUGCUGCCCGUUUAGGACAACUUGUUACUGAACUUCCGGAACAUCAUAGGAGUACGUUGUUUCACUUGAUGGCUCACUUUUGUCGCAUAUGUCAAUUGCAACAUGGGAGGGGUUACACGGAACCACCCACUGUACUUGUCCAGGUGUUUCGUCAUAUAUUCAUUAGGCCACCUUGGGAACGAAUCAUACAAAUUAUACACAAUACAAAAGCUUAUAUAAGGAUAAUGGAACUACUGUUGCUGCACGUUGAUUGGAACGAAAGAUUGCCCGAAUUUGCGAGUGCUCCACAGUUACCACCACGGAAAUUUUCAAGGCCUCAGUUUCCUGUUCUAGAUCCAUUUCCAGUUCUCGAAGAAGAUAAUUCGACGGAAAGAACGGGAACUGCUGGUGACAGUGGCAAGGAUCAACAGUCUCACAGGCCACGAACACUACAGGAAGCCGAGUGGUAUUGGGGAGAUAUAACGAGAGACGAGGUCAAUGAAAAAAUGAUCGAUUCGCCUGAUGGCACUUUCCUAGUUCGUAAUGCGUCUUCCAAAGGAGGUGAAUAUACUCUGACGUUGCGUAAAGGUGGUACGAAUAAGCUCAUUAAGAUUUGUCAUCGAAAUGGAAAUUAUGGCUUUUCCGAGCCAUAUAAUUUUCAUUCGGUUAUCGAGUUGGUCGAUUACUAUAGGAAUUGUUCCUUGGCUCAAUAUAAUUCUACAUUGGACAUCAAGUUGUUAUAUCCCGUAUCACGAUUUCAACAAGAUGACGAGAUUGCGAGUACAACGGAUAUGUCAACGGUAAAACAAAAGUUUGCCGAAUUGAGCAAAGAAAUAGUUGAUACCUGUCGACAAUAUCAAGAUUGUUCAGAAUUGUAUAGUAAAACGGCUUACGAGGUCCAAUUAAAAAGACAAGCUCUGGAAGCUUUUUCAGAGGCAAUUAAGAUGUUCGAGGAUCAAAUGAAACUUCAGGAAAAGUUUCAAAAAGAAGCACAACCGCAUGAGAUAUCGACCUUAACUGAGAAUGCAGAGCUAUUGAAACGCAGAUUAAAAUCAUUAGAGGACAGUAAAGAACAAUUGGAUGAUAGUUUGAAGCAACGAAUUGCUUAUAAUAGAACUCUCGAAAGAGAAAUGCAUAAACUAAAGCCGGAGAUUAUUCAACUUGUGAGACAAAGGGACAAACAUUUUACAUGGUUGAAGAAAAAUGGCAUGACGGCAAAUAAAAUUAAUCAGUUAGUGCUAAAUCAUUCACUUACAAAUCCAUUAGUCGGCGAUUUAGUAUACGGAGAUCUUCCAGAAGUUGAUUUAGAAGUACAUACGGAUGAGAAGACAUGGCUUUACUUGGAAGGAUCACGUUCCGAUGCCGAUCGUAUUCUUGCUGGACGACCGGACGGUACAUUCUUGGUACGAAGAUCAAGAACCGGUCAAUAUGCCUUGUCGAUCAUGUGCAAUGGUACUGUAAAUCAUUGUAUCAUAUAUGCAACCGAACGAGGUUACGGAUUCGCCGAGCCUUAUAACAUUCACGAGAGCUUGAAACAUCUAGUGUUACAUUAUGCACAAAAUUCUCUGGAGGAGCAUAACGAAAGUCUGAACACGACAUUGGCUUAUCCGGCUUUUGCACCAUCAACGGCUCUGGCACAGUUACAGGCGCAGCAGAUACAACUGCAAAUGCAUAUGCCAGCGCAAAAUCAACUACAGUUUAAACGACCUCUCGAAAGCCAAUCACAAUUUACACGAAGUUUGGAAAAUCAACAUUUUAUAACACAUACGUAAUAUUUAUAUGUUUAUCAAUUUGGCCGAUAUUGUUUGAUAACUUCGGAUACUCGUGCGUGAUUCUACGUAUAAAUUGUUCGCGUUAAAAAGAACCGAACGAACGAGGAAAACGUACUUGUGAGUUUAUAUUCAUAUGUAUGAGAAACGAGAAAAAUACGAGGGGACUUGUAAUAUUGCGCCUUCCCGGGGGGAAGGAUUACAAAGAGGAUUGUUUUUCUUUUUACCAGAAUAUUUCGAAAUGUGAAUUAUGCUGAUAUCUUUAAGGCAUAGCGAUAGCGAUAAUAAUUGUCGAAGGUCCUAGUUGUAGAAGUACCUGUAGUCGUAGUAGUAAUGGUAAUAGUGGUGGUAGUAAGAGCGGAAAAAAAAAAUUCACGCAGCAGUAUGCGUUUUUAUUCUUUUUUGCUGCAUAUUAAAGCUCCUCUUAUACAUAAAUUGCUAACUGUUAGUAAUUAUUCUUUUAUAUAUCCCUUUUAGAAAUUAUAUAGUUAUUUCUUUUUUCUUUUUUCUGUUUCUUUUCUUCUUCUUCUUCUUUGUCGUUCGUCAGAACUUUAUCAUGCUAUGUUAAAUGAUUGUUUUUUAUUCUGAUUAUUAUGGGAAUCGAUUUAUGUCGAAUUAAAACUAUAGUUAGCAGAAUUUAACUGGGAGGAGCAUUAAUAAUAUUUCAAAUGAAACGACCAAACGAUUCAUUGUUAAUUACGCUGUUGCGUACUUUGCAUACGGAUUGAUAGACAGUGUCGGAUAUUAGAAUACACACACGAGUCUUCGUAAGAUCAAUAUUGAUACGUUUCAGUAAGCCGUAUUUUUCAAGAAAAAAUAAGUUUAAUGUAUUAACCUUGCCACAUCUAAAAGUCAAAUUUCUCUAUCGGAAACGUCGAUACGACCCGGGAGUAUAUUUGUAGUUUAACAACUAAAUCACUCUUCGCUCAAAUAAAUCACAAGUCCCGUUGGUAAUCAGGGUAGACAUAUUUCUCGUAAAUUUAAAUAUUAAUGUAAUUAUUAUAGCGACGAUUAAGGAACGUUUACGAAUAAUUUUCAAAAAUUAUAUUUUCUUAUAUGCCUGUGUUAUUAAUAUUUUACAUUUCAAUUUUUUUUUCUUUUUUUUUUUUUCUCUCUUUUUUUUUUUUUUGUUCAGUCACUUUUUGAACUUUGUCGAGUGAUUUAGAUUGUAUCGGUGGUUAAAUUUCUCGUUUGAAUCGGAUCUUAUGAACGAUAUCGAAGUUUAUAUCUAUAAACGAUAAACGUCGAUCUUCGAGUCUUGGAAAUUUCCAGCGUUUGUAUAGUCAUAAUAAACUCCGAGAAAUUAGUGAGAGAUUGUUCGCGAGAGAAUGAAACGAACACUUUUUAGUCGCGAAGUAUAGUUUUUAGCGCUUAGCCACCGAUAAAUAUAUAUAUAUAUAUAUAUAUAUAUAUAUAUAUAUAUAUAAAUAUAAAUAUAUAUGUGUAUAUAUUCGUUAUAUUUCGGUGCUUGUUACAACGAAAUUUCUUCGGAGGUGCAAGAGGUUUUUUAUAUAAUGUGUAGAUUAUAAGUAUUGUGCCAGGCCCACGUGGGUUAUGUACGAUUUUAAACAAGAAAACAAUAUUGUCUGUGAUUUCGGAUCAGUGAGAAAAAGAGAGAGAAAGAGAGAAAGAAAGAGAGAGAGAGAGAGAGAGAGAGAGAGAGAGAGAAAGAGAGAUAGAGAUAAUAUCGCGUUUAUCAUUUCAUUCGAUGUUACUCGUUAACUUUUGAUUUUAUCUUCUUUAAUUUUUUUUUUUUUUUUUUUUUUUUUGACCUUCUUUAUACUAUCGCUUUAAAGCUUACCCAUUACUAGGUUUUGUAAGGGAACACAAUCUCGUCAUUUAGCUUUCUCGCGUAUAUUUAGUAAAAUUGUUAUAAAAUUUUCUUAACAAUUGGCAUUUAUUAAAUAUCGAAAAAUUGUCAAACUUGCCAAACUUUUUCAAAAGGAGCCUCGGUAUAGAAUGGAAUUUUUAUUGCUCUUUUAUUUCAUGAUACGUGAAUUUAUCUUGUUAGAUAAUUCACUUGAAAAGCGAAUUACUCAAUCGCGUGUUAAAGAGAGCGAAAUAAUCGGAAAAGAAGCGAGGAACGAUCGAACGUCGUUUAGCUUGGCUCAUGAUUAAGAUAUGAGCGUGCCUUGAGAAAUCUUACAUUUACGGAGCGGUCAGUAAACGUAAGAGUGUAUUGAGGCUAUCCGCUAUACCUGUCAUAUCGAAUGCUAUCGACGAAUGAUCAAGUAUGCUCGCGAGUAUGAAUUCCGCAAAUGAUACGAUCGAAUGACUGUUAAUACAUACAACAUAAGGUUGUAAAUGAUAUAAAUUAUAACGGGUAACGUUCUAAUAAAUUAUUGUCAACUUAUUUUCACUCGAAUGCUCGAAAAUAUUGUUAUCAUCAUUCCGAUCUCUAGUACAAAAGGGGGCGAAAGGUGGUGACGCGUGUUUUCUUUAUUUCUUUACUUCUUUUUUUUUCUUUUUUUUUUUUCGUUUGUAUAAAUUCUUUUUUUUUUUUUUCUUUCUUAUUUUGCUUUGUACGAAAGGAUAACGAAUACGUGGAAAAGAAGAGAAGAAGAAGCAGUAGAAUGAAAAGGGCGGACGUAGUAUUUGCAAAAUGAAAGGCCCGUUGUUCAUCUUUUAAGGCUUCGAAUAACGUAGACGUUAGGUAGUUUAGGUCUUUUUUAUACAAAAAGGGAGAAAAAAAGAAAUAGGGAAUACGAGUCGUGGUGCCUCGAUAGGCUUGUAUUUCGUGAUCGUCUCAGUUGCGUGCUAGCACUGAGCUCGAUCGUUUGUUGCCGUGUCGUUGGAUCGUUUGUUUCGUAGACGGAUAUGAAAGAAAAAAAAAAAAAAAAAAAAAAAAAAAAAAAAAAAAAAAAAAAAAAAAAAAAAAAAAAAAAAAAAAAAAAAAAAAAAAAAAAAAUACUUUUGCUUUACACGCGUAUUACCAGCGUCGAUCGGUUUGCCCUUCUUUUUUUCUUUUUUUUUUUUUUUUUUUGCGAAUGAAAAGGGUUCACCUACUCCUAUCACCUUUCAUGUAUUUUGCAAUCGCAUAAGCGAUUUCUUUCUCUUAGAAUCUUUUUCUUAGGCAAGAAAUUCGAAAAAUCUUUCGAUUUUUUUAACGAACUCAUACUAUAAUCUGUCAUUUACGUUUUAAAUAAUUUUCAUGUGUACCAUAUUGGUAAAUAUAGAUUUUAUAACGCGAUGAUAUCCUGAAAAGAAAUAUUUUUCACAAGAAGUGUUUUUAUUGAACGAAGGAUUGAAUAUAAAUAAAACGCCUGUAGCGUUUCGUGCAUAUAUUUGUAUAAUUCGAUAUUCGAUUGAAUUAUUUGUGUUAUUCCCCCCCUUUUUUUUCUUUUUUUUUUCUUUUUUUUUUUCUUUUUUUUUUCAUUUUUAUCCUUAUUCUCUUUAAUUAAAAUCAGUGCUUUUUCUCGAACGGUGGGGAGAAAACCAUAUGAUUACAAAGUCCGGUUCGUUUCGAUGCGAUAUGAAUAAAAAGUUAAGUGUAAUCGAUGGUGAAAGAAUGUGUGAAGUAGUAAAAGAGAAAAAGAAAAAAUGAUACAAAAACCACACACAUAUACAUACAUACAUACAUACAUAUAUAUAUAUAUAUAAAUAUAUAUAUAUAUAUAUAUUUUACUUACUUUCAAGGCAGACCUUUAAUUGAUUAUUUAUAAUAUAUACAUGCAUAUAUAUUAUAUACAUUAUAUAUUAUAUCACGAUGCCGCGUUAAAUUCUCACGCGUGCACAUCCAUGAGUUUGGUGAUAAAAACAAAAAAAAAAAAAAAAAAAAAAAAAAAAAAAAAAAGAAAAAAUGCGAAUGCAUUCUUUU